AUUGUGAAUAUCUUUCUUACAUUUCAAGAUGACAUUCGAACACCCAGAGACCAAUGCGAUGGACCAGGCGAUAAAGAAUGGAUUUGGUGACCUGGAAGCGCUUCUUGCAACGUUACCACCCAUUAAAGAGCAAACGGUAGAAACCAUAACUGAAAACACCAUCGCAGUCAACAGCCAAUGCCCCGAUCCUCGAAUGAAAUUUGUUCUCGAGAGGCUCGUCACCCACUUGCACGCGUUCGCCAAGGAAGUAGGUCUUCAGACUGAUGAAUGGAUGCAGGGACUCCUUUUUCUCACUCGAACUGGUCAAAAGUGUUCCAAUAUACGACAAGAGUUUAUACUUUUGUCAGACGUCCUAGGAUUAUCCGCUCUAGUCAAUGCACAAUCUAAUCCCAAACCAACUGGUUGUACCGAGUCUACCAUCUUGGGACCAUUUCACACCGAGGACGCGGCUGAGAUUGCUCAAGGAGCCAGCAUCGUGGCGAAAGAGGGGGCUAACAGACUCUUGAUCAACGGCAAGGUAACCGAUAUGAAGGGAAACGCAAUCAAAGGUGCGAAAAUUGAUGUUUGGGAGACAGACGAGAACGGGUUUUACGAUGUACAACAUCCUAAUAGAGAGGCUCCGGACUGUCGUGGAAUAAUGACCACAGAUGAAGAUGGAGCUUUCAGCUUCAAAGCAGUCCUUCCAGUUCCCUAUCCAAUCCCUUCUGAUGGUACGGUUGCUGAACUGUUGAAGCACAUGAAGCGACAUUGCUUCAGACCUGCUCAUGUACAUUUCAAGAUUGACGCAGAGGGCUUCGAAACGUUAGUGACGGCGAUAUAUCUCAAAGGAGAUCCAUUUAUACACUCGGAUGUCGUCUUUGGCGUUCGAAAUUCAUUGAUUGUUGACCCUGUCGAGCAUCCUGCCGAUCAAUCUUCGUCUCAUCCAUACCGUACUUUAGAACAAAACUUUGUAUUACCAACUUUAGAUGAAGUAAAGCAUCUAAAGGAAAAGAAUCUCAAAGGAAAAGAGAUCAAGGUAGUUUAGUUUACUUUCUUCAUUUGAAGUUUUAGUUCUGCAAUAUUCUGGUUGCCUGAUAGGAUCACUUCAAUACGGUUUCUGAUGAAGUGAGCUAAGUGAUGUAUUCCUAGGCCUUUCUCCAGCUACUUGUACUCUCACAUUUAUUCAAGAUCUCGAAAAUUAUUCCUUGUACUCUGAAAGCAUGUUUAUGUGCUUCUG